GGGGGAGAAUGAAGCAGAUGUGUGGAGAUGGUCAUAGUUUUUCUUCCUCUUUGCAGAUGAAUAAUUCAGUGCAGCUGUUUGUGUUUUUGUCUGAUACUCAUCCUUUCCUUUUGUAUCUAAGAUCUACGCAGAAUAGAUCAACAUAACACUUCUCCUCUUGCAAUUUUUAAUUAAACUUCUUCCGUCUCGAAUAAAAAAGACUGUUAUACCUGUUUGAUGAAUUACGCACAUCUGCAAGCAUAGAAAUCAUAUUACGAUGUCAAAAACUGAAAAUAUCUCCAGACACUAAAAAGAAAGUAUAACUUCUUGACAGACACCUUGAAGUUGAUGUUACAGUUUGAUUCCUCAUUACAAGUCGUGGUCUACUCAGUCUGUCAUCCUCAUGUUGUUUUGUUCAGAAGGGGGAACUGUUUCAGCGAGAGGACAAAAGCCUCCGGAGAUUUUUUGUAUUGAAAUUUCAAGUGACAUUUUAAACUGAAGCUCUCCUUGUGUUUUACUUUGCUAUUGUCUUUAUUUGUUCCAAGAUGACAAAACACGCACUAAAACAAAGAAACUGACGAGUAACCGUCUCCAUAAACACAAAAAUUCCUGUUUGUAGUGCUGCAGAUGUUUAGGAGCUGUUCUGAUCUCUUGUUUUAGAGAGCGUUGCAGAGCCAUAAAUCAGUUUCAUUGACAGUUUGCCCCCAAGAGUCCACGUUCUCAUGAAGCAUGUGGAGCACUGUGGUCGAUGGGAUGAGCUGCUGGCAGGAUUCUGUUGACUAUUCUUUUAUUUAUGUGCAGUGGGAUCACCCAAAGGUUCUCAUUUGAGAAAUGUUAAUCUCUGUGUGUGAUAGUCUUCUGUUGAUUUCACAGUAUCCUUCCGUUCUUCUUCAAAUGAGGUCUGUGAGCUGCUGAUUGAAGCUCGAUCAGGCACAUGGUUAUCAAUAGCUGAUUAACUGCCUAAAUGUGUGGUUUCAGACAGCUGCACGCGCUGACUGCUGCUCUUCAUAAUGGUGAUUGUGUUGCAGGCGCUGACCAGGGUGCUGAAGUUUGGAUUUGUGAUGUCUGUAUACAUCUAGACCACAGUCAGACAAACUCUUAUUUCUCCAAGUUCAGUGUUCAAUCAUUCAAGGCUUAUGUUAGUCGUGAUUCUGUGAAAUUUCCCAGUCAUAGAAAUAUCACACCUUUCCUCUGGAUAUGGGUCCUCCUCACAUUUUUUGUGUCUAAAUUCAGAGUGCUUUAGUUUUCUGUGAAGAAAUGGGCAACAUCACAAAAACCGUAGUAAGUCUAAUAUGCUCCGUGAUUUCCGUUUGUGCAGCUGGAAACCGAGUUAUUUUUACUUUCAUUUAUCUUUAUCAGUUUUUGUCUACGGCGUGCAUCCACUAACAAGUUUAGGUGAAAAAAAGGGUACCAGAUGUGGCUUUUUACGUCUGGGUUCAGUGCGAUGACGCCAUUUCACCUCUGGACUGAUGCGUCCAAUAAGAAGUUGAAUAUCGAUUUCUUUGGCUGUAGAAAUGAGAUCCUGGGAAACCCGGAUCUCUGCGCCCCCAGCCCCACGUCACCCUCCUGACAUCAGCACUCUGCUUAAAUACCCGCAGCAGUGAGCAGUGUCAACAUAAGCAGGCACACCUUCAUAUGGGAGCACCAGGAGCCAAACACUGCUGAAAGCUGCACAAAGACUCUCUCCCUACUAUGAACUUUACUUCCCUGUUUUUCACGAUGGCAUUUCGCAGUUCAGCGCUCUAUUUUCAAGAGCAAGAAAACUAAACAUCCCAGAGAGUUUUUGCACUUUAACUUUUUUUUUUGCAUUGUUGUUCAAUGAUGAUAAACGACACUCUUGCGUUGGGAGAACUGGAUGUGAAUAUUUCCGAGCCCCUGCCUCUCCUUGCUCUCGGCCAGAACCACAGCACCUUUCCUGCGCUCCGGCUGGAGUCCAAGUCUCUGGUCACUUCAGCCACCAUGUUCGCAGUGGGAGUUCUGGGAAACCUCAUCGCCAUCAUCGUGCUGUGUAUCUCCAAGAAGGAGCAAAAGGAAACCACUUUCUACACCCUGGUGUGCGGGAUGGCCAUCACAGAUCUUUUGGGGACGUGCUUCACCAGCCCGGUGGUGAUUGCCACGUACGUGGCGAGUCGCUGGCCGGGAGGAGCGCUGCUCUGUCACUUCUUCUCCUUCUCCAUGCUCUUCUUCGGUUCGGCUGGGAUGUCCAUCCUGUGCGCCAUGUCCGUGGAACGAUACUUGGCUAUAAACCAUGCGUAUUUCUACUCCCAGCACAUUGACAAGACAAUGGCGCGCUUUGCGCUCCUGGUCACAUACCUGGCCAACAUUGUUCUGUGCAUCAUGCCAAGUUUUGGCUUCGGCCAGCACGUCAGGCACUAUCCGGGGACUUGGUGUUUUUUGAACUGGAGGGCGAUUGAUCCAAGCGCUGCAUGCUACUCCUUCCUGUACGGCGGCGUGAUGCUGCUUCUGAUCUUGGUGACCGUUUUGUGUAACUUGGCGGUGUGCAGGUCACUGGUGGGGAUGAACCAGAGGACAGGGAUAGUCAGGACGGAGUUGUGUGAGCAGGGAGGAUCACGGCGCCGUUUCCCCAGGCUGCCCUCAGUCACAUCUGCGGCAGAGAUCCAAAUGUUCUGGCUUCUGGUCUUCAUGACCAUCGUUUUCCUGGUCUGCUCCAUCCCUUUGGUGGUAAGAACUACAGAUUUUUUCUGUGAGCUAUGUGCAGUCUGUACUGUUAGUACAUGAUGUCCAACACUUUGAAUUACUGUUAUUUUUCCAUAAGAAAUGAUCUCAACCUCUUGGUUUAUCUGUUGCAGGUGCGUAUCUUUGUGAACCAGCUCUACGACCCUGCAGUCAUUUCUGCUGGAGGGAAGCCAGACUACCGGAGCGACAUCUUGGCGAUACGUUUCGCCUCCUUCAACCCGAUAUUAGACCCCUGGGUUUAUAUUUUGUGCAGAAAGAACCUGCUGCUGAAGGGCUGCGAGAAGCUGAAGAGGACAGUGGCCCGGUUAAAGGGACGCCGUGGAGACAACAUUGGCUGGGUGGAAGGUCAGCACUCCCCUCCGUCAACAAACAGCAACGAUACCAGUUACGCGUCAUUACGCACAGCCAGCUACAGGAACGACGUGGAGCACCGUGUGUCCAUGAAGCACCAGACCUUUACGGACUUCGCGAUGAGGCAAGCGUGGGAGUACGACACAGCUUUAGCCAGCUUCCACCCGUUCAGCGUGGAGUCAACAGCGAUCCCAGGCUGCGAUGAGGAUGUAGCAGCCGAGUCUAAACAGCAGGAAACGGUCAAGUCGUCUCCAGGACGCAGCACAACGCCGCCCCUCUCCGCACACAUUAGAAAAGUGGACAUUGUCACCUGCACGUUCAGCACACCGAGCUCGUGCCAGUCAGUAAAAUGUCUUUGACACACUUUGGUUUUUUUUCUACUGAAAAAAGGCUCAGUGGCUGCUUCAGCUGCACAGCAAAAAGGUACUUUAUGAUACAUAUAUGUGAAGAAGCAACGCAGCCAGUGGUCUCCUUUUGUGAUUUUAUCGCCUUAGGUUGGUUUGGAACCACCGAAAAGCUCCGAAGCACUUGGAAACAAUGUCUAAUAUCACCCAGCAUUAGGACUGGGUGAUAACUCGCUCCUGUUUUUAACUCUCUGCAAAAAUGUCUUUUAAUGAAAAUUAGCUAAUAUGAGAUUUCUUGUGAGAUUGCGAGAUCCACUUGGAGAGCACAUCAGUUGAAUUUGCAGUGUGGAUUUUAUCUGGUGGAGACAAAUAUCCACUUUCCAAUUAACAGGACGUCUAUUUUCAGCCCUCUGGCGUCAAACGCUCAAAGUAGGUUAUCCCUCAGUGUGUCAGACAGACGAACAGACGUCUCUGCUGUCUCAUGGUUAAUGUCUGUUUGGUAUUAUUUAGACGUGAGGAUAGCCUCUUUUUAAGGGUAACCAUCAUGCAGUGGGUCGAAAGUCAAAACCAUAGACUUUGCGUAUAAACACUUUCUACAGUCAGUGGUGGAAACAAACAUGCCGUUUACUUGUGUGAAUAAUCUGUUCUAGGAGGAGGUCUGUAUCUCAUCUAUACUUGAAUCUGUUGUAAUGCUUGAGUUGAAACUACGGUACAGCGUGGUCCUGUUAUUUCAUUUGUCACCUUUGUGGCAACUUUUAAUUCCCAAUCCAUGAUUGUCUGGUUGCCUUUUCAAAGACAGAGCAGAUGUUUGAGUUGAGUCUCAACAGGAUGCUAAAGCCAGUUUGCAUUUCCACCUGUAACAUUUUAUUUUGUUAAUGAUCGUACAAACAUCUUCUGAAGUUUAGCAGAUUUUCAUGUGGCCACUCUUUUGAGUUAACUUUCAAAGUUAAAAACUGUUUCAAGGGAAACAUUUUUUCAUAUUUUGUUAGAUUAGACAUUUAUGUAGGCUAGUUCUGAUCAGUGGAGAUAACCCACCAAGGUCUGGGUUUACUACUCCGGCCAACCCUUAUAGAAGUCGGUGCCUCAGUUUGGCCUCCACCUCUGAUACUGGCCUCAAACACCUGCCUUUUUACAGCAUGUUUGUGCUGUUUGAGCAUUUUAUCGUAAGUCCUGCAUAUUACUAUUUCCUCAAAGCAUCAAAUAUCACAACUAAUGUGGGCCAUGAAGAUCUCACACUCAUGGAGCCAUGUCAAAGCAUCAGCAUUUAACACUUCAGGACCAUUGCUCUGAUCUGAGGAUUGUGCUAAAAGGACACAGACGGGGUAUUAGGUAAAGUAUGUAGAGAAAAUUUCCAAAUGUGGGAAUUUUUACAGAAUUAAAUCAUACCCUAUGGGUACAAACAUUCAUCUCUGCCACAAACAAAGUUUGAUACACUGUGUGAAUCUAAAUGUGCCACGUGCAAUAUGUUUUCUCAUUGUGUUGUUGUUAGACUUCAUUUUUACUGUUUGAAAGCAACAUGCUGCUUUUUUACUCUGUGCCACUUGACUGUGUUGCAUGAUGCAAGGGAAACUAAGUGCAGACCUUUUAUCCUUUGUUCAGUUUUGUUUUAUAUUGCACAUUUGUAUGUGAUGUUUUGAUACCUGCAACUACCAACAGCCAACAUAAACAUAUAUCAACUUCUAAAACAUGAAAAUAAAUAAAUAAAUGUUGUUGCUGUGA